UUCGUUCCUACACGGAGUUUCUCACGUAAGCUCGUUUUGCAAUGUUCAAAGAUUACCAGACUCUGAAACUUCCACCUCAGUUUGUCAAGAUUUAGUCUGUUGCAGUUGCUCGGCGAGAUGUUGACUCGGUGCUCAUGGCUCAUCAUUCUGGUUAUGACACAAAUCACUCCUCCGGGGAACUUCACUUUAGUUGAGACACAGCUUCAUGCACACCGCAAAGAGUCAGAAGAUGGCUACCUAUUGAAACUCAAAAGUAAAUGUCAAAGUUUAAACACGAAGAUGAAGAUAAACCUUCCAUUGCUCAUUUUGUUACUUCCAUGUUCAUCACUAAAAGUAAAAACACUGGAGCGUAACUCAAUUAAUACUGACCUAACAGACACCACUACACUAGGCUACAUCACCGGGGAUUCUCCUACUAGAACUGAAGAUGAAGUAGAGUUCACGGAACCAGUUUCAAAUAUUACAGAAACGACAGAUUAUAUAUUUAAUAUAACAAAUAAUACUACAAGUUCAAUAAAUAGUUCACCAUCGUCUGCUACCGCGACUGUUUAUACAUCAAGUGGAACAAAUAUCACAGAAACUGACAUCGCAACUUCUGACGUAACAACCUCCUCGGAAUCGUUAACGCAUAGUGAAUCAUCUCAUACAAUAAGCAAUGGUGGGUCAGUGGAUGUUACUCUAGAUCUAGCGGUCACUUCAGCGUCACCUACUGCCUCGACCGUUACUACAUCAAAUUUAAUAACAGUUACGGGAACACAUCCUGCUACUUCUGAUACAAAAAUACCUUCGGAAUCGUUAACUGAUAGUGAAUCAUCACAUACAAUAAGCAAUGAUGGGUCAGUGGAUGUUACUCCAGAUCUAGCGGUCACUUCAGCAUCACCUACUGCUUCAACCGUUUCUACAUCAAAUUUAAUAACAGGUACGGGAACAGAUCCUGCUACUUCUGAUACAAAAAUACCUUCGGAAUCGUUAACUGAUAGUGAAUCAUCACAUACAAUAAGCAAUGAUGGGUCAGAGAAUGUUACUCCAGAUCUAGCGGUCACUUCAGCAUCACCUACUGCUUCAACCGUUUCUACAUCAAAUUUAAUAACAGUUACGGGAACAGAUCCUGCUACUUCUGAUACAACAAUCCAUUCGGAACCGUUAACUGAUAGUGAAUCAUCACAUUCAAUAAGCAAUGAUGGGUCAGUGGAUGUUACUCCAGAUCUAGCGAUCUCUUCAGCAUCACCUACUGCCUCGACCGUUUCUACAUCCAAUUUAAUAACAGUUACGGGAGCAGAUCCUGCUACUUCUGGUACAAAAAUCCCUUCGGAAUCGUUAACUGAUAGUGAAUCACCACAUACAAUAAGCAAUGAUGGGUCAGUGGAUGUUACUCCAAAUCGAGCGGUCACUUCAGCGUCACCUACUGCCUCGACCGUUACUACAUCAAAUUUAAUAACAGUUACGGGAACAGAUCCUGAUACUUCCGAUACAAAAGUCCCUUCGGAAUUGUUAACUGAUAGUGUAUUACCACAUACAAUAAGCAAUAAUGGGUCAGUGGAUGUUACUCCAGAUCUAGCGGUCACUUCAGCAUCACCUACUGCUUCAACCGUUUCUACGUCAAAUUUAAUAACAGUUACGGGAACAGAUCCUGCUACUUCUGAUACAAAAAUACCUUUGAAAUCGUUAACUGAUAGUGAAUCAUCACAUACAAUAAGCAAUGAUGGGUCAGUGGAUGUUACUCCAGAUCUAGCGGUCACUUCAGCAUCACCUACUGCUUCAACCGUUUCUACAUCAAAUUUAAUAACAGGUACGGGAACAGAUCCUGCUACUUCUGAUACAAAAAUACCUUCGGAAUCGUUAACUGAUAGUGAAUCAUCACAUACAAUAAGCAAUGAUGGGUCAGAGAAUGUUACUCCAGAUCUAGCGGUCACUUCAGCAUCACCUACUGCUUCAACCGUUUCUACAUCAAAUUUAAUAACAGUUACGGGAACAGAUCCUGCUACUUCUGAUACAAACAAUCCAUUCGGAACCGUUAACUGACAGUGAAUCAUCA